GGACGGGACAAGGGUGCAGGAGCAAGCAGAGUAACCCUCUAGACCUUUUUUUAAAAGAAAGACCAGCCAACUGCUGGUCUACAUUUACUUAAUGAAGAAAAAAAACACCUCUGUCCAGACCCCCGUGGACGAUAUGAUACCUGGCUGGCAUCGACUCCCCCAACCUGGGACGGUUGACCAUCGGGCCUUCCUGGACUCUGAGCAGCGGAGGAGAGAUCUGGAUGUCAGUCUGGCUCGGGUCCAAAAUGCCCUGCAGGAACAGAGGGUCAGAAUGCUCCAGAGAAUGGGCCCAGGGAGCCGACAUAAACUACCCCAGAUACUUGUUUUGAAUCUUGGGCAGAUCAAUCGACCAGUAAACCUCCAUCCCAGUCUGUUAUCGGAGAACAUCUACAUCCCACCAUAUGGUGACCUUUACACAAGAGUGGGCAGGCUAGAGAUGGACUCCGAGAUCAUUAGCGCCCAACUGGACCAGGUUCUCUGUUCUAGGGGAAAGUGUCUCUACAGGAAUGGACCCUCAGCCCAACAACACAGCUUGACUCCUUGUCAGAGGGAGGACCAUAGUAUGACCUCUCAGCUUAUUGCUCAAGCGGUAGACAAAGGACAACUUCUGAAAGAGCGAGACAACCUUGAGCGUCUGCUGGAGGAUUCCAGGGCCCAGCAGCAGCUGAUGGAGCAGAAGAGGGAGGCCCAGAUAGCAGCCCUUCACUCCCAGCUGUACCAGGCACGCUCCAGCCUCCAGGAGACCCACAGAGAGACACUGGCCACACAGGCAGAGCUACAUGGCAGCAAGCAGAUAAAUGAGUCCCUGCUACAGGAGGUGGCGUCUCUCAGACGGAGGCCCGGGGCUGCGGAGGAGCGGGCCUCCCUGAUGGAGAGUGACGGACGCCUGCUCAGGGCUCGCAUAGCAGCACUGGAGACUGAGCGGGAGGAGCUGCUUCAACAAGGAGACCUUGCCACAGGGAGACGACACCCCUCAGCCUUUGGGAGCGCUUGGGAAACGGAUGUGGAAGAUUCCAAGAAGUCGGAGGGGUUGAGGGAGGAGAGGAGGAGAGGAGGAGAGGGCCCCGUGUCUGCUGAGUUCAACAUAGAUACAAACUGCAGACUUUAG